CUGGUCUCUCUGAGGGGAAGGCUCGACGGGUCGCGUGUAUCGUCACAUCCGGUUGCCGGAAGAGGCGUCUGUUCCCAUUCAGGCAGCGAAGUCCGAACGGUAGCGGCAGCUGCAGAAGAGGCUAGGCCGAAGCCGCCGGGAUGGAGGACAGCGAAUGGCGUAGCAACAACUUCAGGCAGAAGCUGGUUAGCCAGAUAGAAGAAGCAAUGAGGAAAGCUGGAGUAGCUCAUAAUAAAACCAGUAAAGACAUGGAGAACCAUGUGUACAUGAAGGCCAAAACACGGGAAGAAUAUCUUUCCCUCGUGGCAAGACUCAUUAUCCAUUUUCGGGAUAUUCAUAACAAGAAGUCCCAGACCUCUGAUCCUAUGAAUGCACUACAGAAUUUAACAGGUGGACCACCCACAGGAACAGCAGGCAUGGGAAUGACUUCACGCCCUCAGGGAGCACCCAUGGGAGGCAUGACUGGACUUGGUCCAAUGGGACAGCAAAUAAACCUCCCAGGACAGCAGCAGCCUCCUGGAACAGCUGGGAUAGCCACACAUGGCAUUCCAGGCAUGCCUACAACUACACAACAAACUCAGCUUCAGCUCCAGCAGAUGGCACAACAGCAGUUCCCAGUCCAGCAGCAGCAGGCUUUGCAGCAGCAACAGCAGCAGCAGUUUCAGGCCCAGCAGAAUGCCCUGCAACAGCAGUUCCAGGCUCAGCAGCAGGCUGCAGCAAUGGUACAGCAGCACCAAAUGCAAGCAGUCCAGCAGCAGCAACAACAACAGCAGCACUUGCUGAAAAUGCAGUUGCAGCAACAAAGUCAACAGCAGAUGCAACAGCAGCAUCAACUACAGCGAAUUGCUCAGAUGCAGCAAAUACAGCAGCAGGCAGCUCAAGCUAUCCAGGCUCAGCAGCAGCAACAGCAGCAGCAACAACAACAACAGCAGCAGCAGCAACAGCAGCAGGCAAUGCAACAGCAGAUGCAACAACAGCCACAGCAGCAACAAGUGGCACAAGCUCAGCUGUCUCAGCUUCCACCACAGCCAAUGGUGUCUCAGGCACAGACAGUCCCAGGGCAGAUUCCUAGUCAGGUCAUGCCUCUAACACCACAGCAGUUAAAAGUCAUACAUGAAGUCAGGUGGAUGUUUGGAAGCCUCAGGUGGCUAGAUUUCUGCAGAACGUGGUGCUUUAUUUUGUUUCUCAAGGUAAGAAAUCAGCAGCAGCUACAGCAACAACAGCAGCAGCAACAGCAACAACAGGCAGCUGCUCAGGCCCAGGCUGCUCAGAUGGGAGCAUCAGGACAGAUGAUCACCGCAACUAUGGCCCGAGGUGGGAUGCAAAUAAGACCACGGUUCCCGCCUGCCACCGCAGUAUCUGCCACGCCUCCAAGCACCAUUCCUUUGGGUGGACAGCAAAUGCCUCAGAUCAGCUUCUGGAAACAUGGAACUUCAGUCAACAGCCUUCUUGCGGAAGAGAUACAGAAGGAGUUCAUAGCUCACAUGAAUGGACUAUGUGUCAGCCAAAGUAGCAUCACCAUGAUGUCCUCUCCUUCACCAGUCCAGCAAGCUCAGACAUCCCAGCCAAUGCUUCCCCCACCUCAGCCGCAACCCUCUCCCCAGCCAGGACAGCCGACUUCCCAGCCCAACUCCAAUGUCAGCUCUGGUCCAGCCCCAUCUCCCAGCAGUUUCCUCCCCAGUCCAUCUCCGCAGCCUUCCCAGAGUCCAGCAGCUGCACGAACACCACAAAACUUCAGCGUUCCUUCUCCGCUCAAUACACCAGGCAACCCCAACUCGGUCAUGAGCCCAGCCAGUUCCAGCCAGUCAGAGGAGCAGCAGUAUCUAGAGAAACUCAAGCAGCUGUCCAAGUAUAUCGAGCCUCUCCGAAGGAUGAUCAACAAAAUAGAUAAGAAUGAAGACAGGAAGAAGGAUCUCAGUAAGAUGAAAAGCCUUCUGGAUAUUCUGACUGAUCCUUCCAAACGCUGUCCUCUGAAGACUUUGCAAAAAUGUGAAAUUGCUCUGGAGAAGCUCAAGAAUGACAUGGCUGUGCCCACCCCCCCACCCCCUACAGUGCCUCCCACCAAACAGCAGUACCUGUGCCAACCUUUGCUCGAUGCAGUCCUGGCAAAUAUCCGCUCCCCUGUAUUCAAUCAUUCCCUCUACCGGACCUUCAUGCCAGCUAUGACAGCUAUCCAUGGUCCACCUAUCACGGCUCCAAUAACUUCCCCUCGGAAGCGAAAGUACGAAGAGGAUGAAAGACAAACUAUACCGAAUGUAUUACAAGGAGAGGUUGCUAGACUGAACCCCAAGUUCUUGGUAAAUCUGGACCCCUCCCACUGCAGCAAUAAUGGCACAGUCCACCUCAUAUGCAAGUUAGAUGAUAAGAACCUUCCAAAUGUUCCACCACUGCAGCUCAGUGUCCCAGCUGAUUAUCCAGAUCAGAGCCCCCUAUGGAUUGAUAACCAUCAACAAUAUGAAGCAAACCCCUUCUUGCAAUCAGUGCAUCGCUACAUGAUGUCCAAAUUGCUGCAGCUUCCUGACAAACACUCGGUCACAGCGCUCCUCAACACCUGGGCACAGAGUAUCCGCCAAGCCUGCCUGUCCGCUGCCUAACAUCAUGUCCCCUUGCUGGACCACAACUGGAAGAACCACAGAAGCAGAAGCCUUAACUCAUAUUUGUUUGCUAGGAGCCAGGCUUCAUAAAGAGGGUCUGGUGUUAGGUUUAGCUCUUGUGUUCUUUGCCAGUGGCUGGAUGCAUAUGAUGGAUUUGUCAAGGGUAUCAAGAUGGAGAUGUCAGCAGAUUUUCUUUUUUAAAAAACCCAUCUUCUUAGAGAAGAAUUUGUGUAGACUUCUGUCACGGAGUCUUACUGCUAUAGGAAAAGGACAGUGUCCUUCAGGCUUCGUCCAGUGCCAGAUGUUAUGUUACACGUAUCCUCACCUGAGGUUGCCUACAGAGGGGCAAAACCAUUGAGCUGGUGCUGUUCAAACAGAUGAUUGAUGAAGCAGGUAAGCCUUCCCUGUUCUCCCAUGCAGCUCAGGUUAUGGUUGAAAGUGUUACUGGUUCACCUUAGGUUCAGCAUGGCAGUAACUGACUUGCGUUGUGGGUGCUUAGGGUGAGAGAAGCAGCUUCACUGAGCACUGGGUUUGCAUUCUCCUGCCUGUUGCUAGUCUUUGUGGAAUUUCAUUCUUAGAAGUAUUCCUGUUUCCAUGUGCUUCUGCCAUUACCACUGCAGAAGUCUCUGCAAACUGACUGAUUCUCAUCAAAACCAGGAGCGGCUUGCUGUGUCAAUUUGAGGACAUUUUAUAAAUUAUACUUAGUAGACACUGAUUAUAAUAGAAAUAUCAAUAUUGCAUACCUUGAACAACAGUUUUUGUUUUACUGUAAUAAAUGUAUUAUCCCCAUGUUGAA